GCUAACGCAAACGGCCAGAAGUCGGCAGCGCUGCGAAAUUGACAUAGGCGAAAAUAGAAACGAGUUUUUCGCGUCAAAUUUACAACUAAUAACAAUUUUUUUUUUUUCAUAAAUCAUUUAGUAAUACAAAAAACAAAAAACAAGAAACACAAAUAUGAGCGGCAAAGCUGAUAUUGCACUCAUUGGCCUGGCCGUAAUGGGCCAGAAUCUCAUACUGAACAUGGACGAGAAGGGCUUCGUGGUAUGCGCGUAUAAUCGCACCGUCUCCAAGGUGCAAGACUUUCUAAACAACGAGGCCAAAGGCACCAAAGUGAUUGGCGCCGAGUCAUUGAAGGACAUGGUCGAAAAACUGAAAAGGCCACGCAAAGUCAUGCUGCUUGUCAAGGCUGGCAGUGCUGUGGACGAUUUUAUAGCGCAACUGGUGCCGCUGCUGUCGCCGGGCGAUGUCAUCAUCGAUGGCGGCAACUCUGAGUAUCAGGACACAACGCGCCGCUGCGAUGAGCUGCAGAAGCUGGGCCUGCUCUAUGUGGGCUCCGGUGUUAGCGGCGGUGAGGAGGGCGCCCGGCAUGGACCGUCGCUGAUGCCGGGCGGUCAUGCGGCCGCAUGGCCACUGAUCAAACCCAUUUUUCAGGCCAUUUGCGCAAAGGCCGACGGCGAGCCGUGCUGCGAAUGGGUGGGCGAUGCCGGCGCCGGGCAUUUCGUCAAAAUGGUGCACAAUGGCAUCGAGUAUGGGGACAUGCAGCUGAUCUGUGAGGCAUAUCACAUUAUGAAGAGUCUGGGACUAACGGCGCCGCAAAUGUCCGAGGCGUUUGGCCAAUGGAAUGGCGCCGAGCUGGAGUCGUUUCUCAUUGAAAUAACACGGGACAUUUUGCAGUACAACGACGGCGAGGGCUAUCUGCUGGAGCGCAUACGUGACACCGCCGGUCAAAAGGGCACCGGCAAAUGGACAGCAAUUGCGGCCCUGCAAUACGGUGUGCCCGUCACGCUCAUCGGCGAGGCGGUCUUCUCGCGCUGCCUUUCCGCGCUCAAGGAUGAGCGAGUGCGCGCCAGCAGCCUGCUGAAGGGACCCGGCUGCAAGCCGUCCAUGCCGGAUAUGAAAACGUUCCUCAAUAGCCUCAAAUAUGCGCUAUACUGUGCCAAGAUUGUCAGCUAUGCCCAGGGCUUUAUGCUGAUGCGGGAGGCGGCCACCGAGAAUAACUGGAGCUUAAAUUAUGGCGGCAUUGCGUUAAUGUGGCGCGGCGGCUGCAUCAUACGCAGCGUAUUCCUCGGCAACAUCAAGGAUGCGUAUACACGCCAGCCAAAACUGCCCAAUCUGCUGCUCGACGACUUCUUCAAGUGCGCCAUCGAGAACGGGCAGGACGCAUGGCGUCAGGUGGUGGCCAAUGCCUUCAUCUGGGGCAUACCCGUGCCGGCGCUAUCGACGGCGCUCAGUUUCUAUGAUGGAUAUCGCACGGCCAAAUUGCCGGCGAAUCUGUUGCAGGCACAGCGUGACUAUUUUGGCGCCCAUACAUACGAGCUGCUCGGCAAGGAGGGCCAAUUCCACCAUACCAACUGGACGGGCACUGGCGGCAAUGUUUCGGCCAGCACCUAUCAGGCAUAGACGCCAUAUACAUUCCAUAUUUACAAUUUGUAUGCUCUUAUAUCAAUAGGCUCGCCUCUUAGUGUAUUUCUAUGCUAUUUUCAUUUUUCAAUUGCUUCUUUUUUGUUUUUGUUUUAAGUACUUUAGGACGGUACUUAAUUAUACAAUAUGUAAUUAAAGUAUAUGUACACGUAUAUUACUUCAUU